AAAAUAAAUAAAAUAAAGAGUCGAAACUCCAAAAGCGUGAGGUGAGGUGAGGUGAGGUGAGGUGGGACUUGGGAGGACUGACUGUGUAUGUCUGUGAAAGUUCCUCAGAUCUCGAAUAACGCCUUUCAUCACUCAUCAAGAUCAUCAUCAUCAUCAUCAUCAUCAACAACAACAAAACAAUAACAACAACAACAAUACCAACAACAACAACGAAAAUCUGCGCUAAAAUCAAUCCGCAAAGAUGAUGUCCGGCAAUUACACUACCAUUGACAAUCAAAACGUUUCCGGAUCUGUUCCUGCAGUUGGUGAUUCCGGCCAUAUUCCCGUUAAAUUCGCCGAAUCGAGUCUUCAGACAUUUCCUCCAUCAGAAACGUCAGGGAAGAUCGCUAGUGGUGGUUCACGACCUCCUCGAGAUGCUGAUGAUACUUUCUCCAAACCAGGUGGUGGUUCUGAUGCACCUCAAUCAAGUGGUUGGUUCGGAAUAUUCAGUAUUGCUGCUUACAAACCAUAUUUUGACGUUGAUACUUCUGAUGUCUUGGAGAGAAUUAAAGAAUCACUCUUUCCAUGGAAAGGGACUUUCACAGAACUAAUCUCCAACAGCCCAGAUUUGUAUGGACCAUUUUGGAUAUGCACUACGUUAAUAUUCAUUGCUGCAGCCAUUGGUACAUUUGUUACAUAUUUGUCAAACAAGAUACAAAGCAAAGAAUAUAAUUAUGACAUAAGCCUGGUGACAUGGUCUGCUGGUUUGUUCUACGGUUAUGUGACAAUUGUUCCUCUGGGCCUCUAUUUGGUCCUGAAGUAUUUUUCGGCACCAUCUGGCUUUGUCCAAUUGCUCUGCUUGUAUGGUUAUUCCUUGUUUGUGUUUGUUCCUGCACUGUGUUUGUCCGUUGUGCCCUUGGAUAUAUUUAGAUGGGUGAUCGCAGGUGUGGCCGGGUUUAUGUCUGCAAGUUUUGUUGCCCUCAAUCUGAAAGCACACAUUGAGUCAGCUGGUGAAAGGUGGUUCCUGAUCGUCGUUGCAAUAUUUCUGUUGCAAGUAGCUUUGGCGAUUGCUCUAAAAAUCUACCUUUUUACAGCUGCAAUUUAGAAGCUGGAGAAUCAUUUACGAUAUAGAGAAGUCUUUCUGAUGAAUAUGAUGUAAUUUUACCAUCAUGGAAAAUUUUGGGCAGCAAUUCAGCUGUCAGUCAAUGUUAACUAAGAGAUGUUCAUUGUAAAAACUCAAAACCUAUUGUAUUGAUUCAUUUCUAGCGACAUAUGUUAGGAAGACGUUGCAGUUAA